AUGGGUUCAUCACGAUCCUCCAGUGAGCGUACUGGCUCAGUGCACUCGAUCGACUCGCCCAACAAGAGCAAGGUAUUACAAACCAAGGCCGAUCCCAACAUGGCCCUUCAUGAAGCACAGCCGAUGACCAUGGCCAUUAACGGAGACUAUAACCGACUCUCCCUUGGGAGCAUGCAACACAAGGACCGGGAGGGAAAGAUCAUUGCGGACCCUGAUCGUUGCAACCCAACCCGGAAUCGUAUGGAGCGCCCACUUGACACUAUUCGAUCUUUCCAGACGGCGAUUGAUACCCACCGGAAGCAGAAUUUCCAGAUGUGA